AUGCGAAGAAUAAAAAAUUUCGCUUUAUAUAGUAGAAGAACCGAAAAUCGAAUUGCCAAGGAAUCGGCAGAAGACUCCUCUAAUACAGACAUUUCUGAUUCAGAUGAUAGUGAAAUUAUUCAGGGCAAUAAUGCAAUUGCUGCCAACCAAAUAAAUUUAAGUAAUGAGGAUUAUGAUGCAGAUGUUGAUAGGAAUGAGGACCAAAAUAGAAUUGACAAUGAACUGACAGAAUAUUCCUCUGAUACAGAUAUUUCUGCCUCGAGUGAUGUUGAAAGCAUUCAUAGCAAUGAUGUUUCAGUUAACAAAGGCAAUAUUAGAAGAGAUAACAUAGAUUUAACUGAUGAAGAUGAUGAUACAAAUGUUGAUAGCAAUGAGGACCAAAUGUCUGAUGAGGAAUUUGAAGAUGCAGAAGCAGACGUCGAUGUUGCUUCACAAAUAGACGAAAAUAAUGCCAGUUACCAUUCUACUAGUAGCAGUAACUCUCAUAUUGAUUCUGAUGAUAGCGUUGCUUCUUCUAUUGCUAGUUUUGAUACUAAUAAUUUUGAAUCUAAUGCUGAUAGUAUUUAUUCAGAUGCUGAUGAUAAUUUUUCUGAUGCUGAUAGUAUUUUUUCUAAUGCUGAUAGUGAUUAG